GCUUUUUCUCCACAGCCCAGCCACACCCAAGGGCCCCUCAACAUUAGCACAGACGCCGAUAUACACUGCCGCUCGGCGCACCCAUCAUUGCUACGACGUGCAUGAACCGUGGUUGUCCUUCGCUCCCAUCCAAUCGCCACGUUACCCGCGUGCUCCGCGCCGCGACUCCUGAUACCUGUCUCUACCAUUCACUGGCACGACAUAAGACGCGUUCACCGCUUCAUCAGUCCCCUUUAGACAUUAUACAACACACGCUCGCCAGAACACUGCACCUUGUCCACCAUGGCGAAAGGCAAAUACACCCCGCUGACCCUCUCCCCGGUCAACUUCAGCCUCACAGAGGGCACCUCGAUACCCGCUCCUCCUGACUCGCCGCCUGACACUCCUCGCCCUCCCACUCCCGGUAAAGGGCCUCUCUCAUCACAUCCUACACCCUCCGUAGGAACGUUCGCUGAAGCCACAGCUGCCAAUGGGAAGUCAUCAACAGAAGGCGGCCUCAUCUCGCCAACCCCACUCUCCCCCACCCAGAGCAGUCUAGGCAAGCGGCCGUCAUCGGUACGCAAAUUCCUAGGCCUGCGCACACUGAGUAGCUCCGACAGUCUGAGGAGUACGGCGACAGACAGGCCUGGUAGCCCUUCGACAGUGGACAGCAGGCCGUCCCUCAACCGGAAGAAGAGCGGGAGCUGGUUCGGUAGGCGGAAGAGCGCAAUGUUCGUUGGCCGGGUGGAGGAGGGUUCGGAGAAGGAGAACGCGGCGCCCAGGAUGGCGCCUGUACCUGAAAAGAAGGGUCCUCCACCGCCGGCUCUCCCGGAGCUGAAAAGUCUUGGUGUCAGUGAAGAGGCAGUAUCCAUGGGUGCGGACGAUAUGUUUAAAGACAUCAAGUGAGGAGAUAGAAUUGAAGAACGGAGAUUGAUGGGGCUAGCUGUAAAAUGGCCAUUGCAGUAAUGGCAGACUUGGAUGGGCCUAUUUUUCUCAGUUCCGCGCAUGGAAGAGCUGGCUUGCGGUUGUUCAUUUCGUUGGAUACACGAUACCCCAAACAGGCAAUUCGAGAGAUUGGCAUAAGAGGUUUAUGGGGAUGGUGUCCAGGAGUUGUUGAUAAGGAAAAGAUUGGUCUCAAAAGAGAGCUGGUGUGGGGGGACUGCUGAUGAUUCCUGGUUCGAUGAAGCAGUCCGACUGUACAGCUGCUUCACACACAAAUUACUACCCGUUUCUCUGUAUAUGCUUAGCAUCAAAGGCUAUCGCUAUUGCCCUCGAAGUAUCAAUUCUUGUUCGCUGUCUACAUGCU